GCGUCAAUGAUGACAGCUACGCCUCAGUGUCAGGUUUAUUUUUCCGUUUUUUCCUGAUAUUUUUUUUGUAUUGAUUAUAUAUUUUCGUCUAUAUUUUCUCGUGAAAGUCGACAAGAGAACAGAAAAUCGAUUCGGUGAUGUCUAAAACAAUAGAGCCAAAGUUUAUGCUACCGCCCAUAAGACCAGAGAAAAAAACCCUUCAAGGUACCACAUCGGUGAAAAAAUGCGAGAACUCCCUGAGUAUCCCGAAGGAUAACGUCCGCCUGAUUCCCGAGCUGGACAUCCUCAUAGAACAGCAGAGGAAGAAGGAACUAUCCGAAAAGCUGAUAAGAAAACACCACUACGCCGAACUCUUACGGCAGAAGCUGGAAGUUCAAUGGAAACUCCUGGAGCACAACGAAUUGACUUUUCAACGCACCAUCAUGUCUCAUAACAGGUUCUUGAGGAGGAAUCUAGAGAAGCGGGAGAGGGCUUUGGCUAAAAUUCAAGCGGACAACGAGCAAACCAGAAAACGUGAGAAAGAGAUAAAGGCCCUGGAUCAGAAGUACGAUUUCUUCAAUGCGGUCCUGAACAAGUUGAGAUUGGAAAUAAGAAAUCACAGUAUCUACGAGGACUACCUUAACGCAGCGGUGAAUCAUCCGGACUCGCCCUUCAAGAACGAUUUGGAUUUUCUCACCAAGUACGAGUCGUUGCAGACUGUCAAGGAACACUGCGUCAAGAGACAGACUGACGAAAUGGCCACGACUGUACUGUUGCACGAUGAUAAUUUAGAGAUUUUCAGAUUGCAAGGCAUAGCAUUGAUUGGCUUGAGAAACGAGCUGAACAAUCUCCGUGUCGCAUUCGACAGCACAUGCAGAAAAAAUCUUGCCACCGAAACCCUCAUCACAAAUAUCGUCAACAGAACCAACGAGCUCAACAUUGAAGUAUCCUCUGUUCAAUACAUGAUCGAUGCCAUCUAUCGCUACAUAUGCCAUAGAAGGAAGAUUCCUCAAAUGGAUUACGAGCUCAAGAACGUCAAGCCCAGAAUAGACGUCUUGAAAAGUACGCUCAGUGCUUGGGAAAAAGUAUUGAAUUCCUCUGAAUUGACUAGACACAGGAAGAAAACUCUGAGGAAAUCGCAAUUUUGGAAGCCUUCAGUGGUUCAGAAUGUAUUUAUGUGGAAGAAGAAGACAGGAUUGCGGCACUCGGUUUCAGAUAUAGGCUUGAAGAAGACUGUCAGUUCUUUUAAGUAGAAUAUGUCAUCGAGGUCCUGAGAAAAAGCCAAUGUAAAUCGUCAUGAUGUAGAGUUAGAAGUGUUUUUUUUUGUAAGUUUAAUUAAUAAAUAUUUUUCUUUCGCGUGGA